GUUUGACGCGCAGAGGAUGUGGGCAGGAAACGCCAUGCAAGAGGAGAGAAACGAUCACGCUUCCCAGCACCGUUGCACAAUACAGUGCGAUCAAAAUGUGCUUUAAUUCGCCACGCUAAUGUCCAGGAGCGGUCCUUCUCCUCGGAUCUCUACCCCGCGGCCGUCACAGAGCAGGCUAGCAGGAUUUGCCGGCGUGGGAUUUGACUCCUAUCCGAGCGAGAGGACAGCCUUCUCAGCCUGCUCGCUUUGAAAACAUCGGGGCUGGUCAGCGGGUGGGAGAGAGAGAGCAGGCUUCGUCGCGGAAAAAAAAGGAGGUGUCUGCCUUUUUUCCCCUGAAGCCAUGAGGGAGUACAAAGUGGUUGUUUUGGGGUCUGGCGGAGUCGGCAAAUCCGCGCUGACGGUCCAGUUCGUGACGGGCUCCUUCAUCGAGAAGUACGACCCCACGAUAGAGGAUUUCUACAGGAAGGAGAUCGAGGUGGACUCGUCCCCGUCGGUGCUGGAGAUCCUGGAUACGGCGGGGACCGAGCAGUUCGCCUCCAUGCGAGACCUGUACAUCAAGAACGGGCAGGGCUUUAUUUUGGUUUACAGCCUGGUGAACCAGCAGAGCUUCCAGGACAUCAAACCGAUGAGAGACCAGAUCAUCCGGGUGAAGAGGUACGAGAGGGUGCCCAUGAUCCUGGUGGGAAACAAGGUGGACCUGGAGGGAGAAAGAGAGGUGUCUUCCGGGGAAGGCAAGGCGCUGGCCCAGGAGUGGAACUGCCCGUUUAUGGAAACUUCAGCCAAAAAUAAAGGAUCAGUCGACGAACUGUUUGCAGAAAUAGUCAGACAGAUGAACUAUUCAACUGUCCCCAGCGGUGGCGACCAGUGUUGUUCAUGUGUCCUGUUGUAAACAACAACAACAACAACAUACAUAAAACAGUGCAUCUGGGCUGAAUUUGAGCUUAUAACUUGUCCUGCAGGCUUCUCGCAAAACCAUUCUCUCUCUUCACACUGUUGUCUUAUUGUUGCACACAAACAAAAAUCGACGACAACAACAAUCGAUUAUGUAUAGUAGUCUGGAAAAGUGUUUACAUGACAAAGUACUUGAAUGUUUUGGGGAUGUUUUUUUAUAGCUUUGUAUAUGACACUUCUCUGGAAAUGUGCCUCAAUGGGAAUGUCUUAUUGUGAAACCUAAGAGACACUUGUUUUAAUGUUUAUUUUUAUUUCUGUGGAUUUAUUUGUUGAGUUGUACUGUUGCAUCUUCUGGGCUGGGUCCAUCUGUCCUGGAGAGUGGAGUGGAGACCUGAAAGUGCUUAAAAUUGCUCUUAAACGUAUCAAUCACCACUCAAGCCUUGCACAGGUUACUCAAAUCCGACCUCCAUAAUUUCUUUCCCCAAAAGGUCAAGUGUGAUCCAAGAGGAACCCACCCACCCACUAAGAUACUUUGAGGCUGUGGACUGUGGUGGAGUUGUGUUACGCCUACGUAUUUUUCUUUCUUCCCCUCUCCAGUCUGGUGAAAGUGGAUUUAUCAUGGAACUUGCACUUAGCUGACGGUGUCCCUCCUCAGUGUGCACAAACAAGGACCUUAGUGCAUUGCUGUCGCUGCAUGGGGAACGACACAACCCCAUGUCAAGUGCCUUCCUAAGAAAACUCCUGUGACUGUGCCAACUGAUGAGCCCUACUUCCUCUGCAGUGCGUCUUGAUGGCAAUCAGAACUUUUUAGUAGUUUUCGGUUUACGUUCUGGUUUCAUUUGGUGUCAAAGUGAGGAGACCCUCUUCCUAUUUUACUGUCAGGAAGCUAAGCUUGUAACCGACCUGCUGUUUCAGGGUCAGAUUCAGGCCGUUUCUCGAGGUACUAGUCUCAACAAGAACAACAGAGUAACUUUAAUUUACUAGGAUUUUGGUUCAGUGAAUGGCAAGCCAUGUCUGUAUUAUCUAGAAUGUUUUCCUUUUUUAAUGAGACUUUUCUUGACUAAACCUAAUUGUAAUUCUCCCUUUGGACAAAUCUUCUGCCAUCCACCUGUCAGUUUAAAACUUGUAAUACAAAAAGCAUUUUACGUAACACUGUGUGCUGUGCUUGUGUCUGCUGAUAACAUAAAGUGUCUACAUUUUACUUUUA